AUGGAAGACAUUUUCAUUAAAAAUGUUGACAUGGAACAAUCUGAAAACCUGGAGAGACACAGGACAGAUGGCUUCAGCAGCGCCAAGUCCCUGGUGGUGCGAAGAGGAGCCCCGUUCAGAAUCAGUCUGCAGCUGGAGGGCCGACCCUUCAACCCCAAGACUGACUCUCUGAGGGUCAAAAUCAUGCUGGGCCGCCUAUAUGUGAUAAUGCCGAUCACUUUCUGCAGGAGGGUUUCCUCCUCCCGCUGGGGAGCUUACAUCGACCCAGAGAACCUGAACCUCCAGAGUCCCUCCAUCUUCAUCUCCUCUCCAGCCUCGGCCUCAGUUGGACACUACGGAUUCCAGCUGUGUGUGUUCUCUCAGGGCAGCCAACAGGCGCGCACCUAUGGCAAAUUCAUCCUGCUCUGCAAUCCCUGGUGCCCCAAAGACUCAGUGCACAUUCCCUUUGAGGACCAGAAAGAGGAAUAUGUCCAGAAUGACUCUGGGCUGCUGUUUAUGGGGACAACUAUGAACAUUGUGUCGAGACCGUGGUCAUUUGAUCAGUACGAGCCUGGUGUUCUGGAGACAUGUCUGAAUCUGCUGCAAGUCAGUCCCCAGCACCAGAAAAGCAGGAGACUGGACUAUCUGAACAGAAAGAACCCUGUCUACAUCAGCCGGGUGGUGUCUGCCAUGAUCAACUCUGAAGACGACCGCGGUGUUCUGAAAGGAAACUGGUCCGGUGACUUCAAAGAUGGAGCGAACCCCUCCAUGUGGACGGGGAGCGGAGACAUCCUGAGUCAGUGGGCCCAGUCCGGUUACAGCCCGGUCAAGUACGGACAGUGUUGGGUGUUUGCAGCCGUCAUGUGCACAGUCAUGAGAGUUCUUGGCAUUCCUUGUCGCGUCGUCACAAACUUCAACUCGGCUCACGACACCAACGACAACCUGGUGAUCGAGGAGUACUACAGCGAGAAGGGGGAGAAGCUGAAACACAGCAAAGACAGCAUAUGGAACUUCCACGUCUGGGUGGAGUGCUGGAUGACUCGUCGGGACAUUGGAGGUGAAAUGGACGGUUGGCAGGUUCUGGACCCGACCCCUCAGCAAAGGAGUGGAGGAGUGUUCUGCUGCGGCCCGUCUCCAGUCAAAGCAAUCAAGGAUCGGCGUAUGGACCUGCUUUACGACAUCCCCUUCGUCUACGCUGAGGUGAACGCCGACGUCCACACGGUCAUAAUGAGCAAGGGCCGGGUGCUGAGCCGCAACAAAGACACAGAGAGAGUGGGAUCCCUCAUCUGCACCAAAGCUGUUGGGUUCCCCAGACUCCAGAAAAUCACAGGAGACUACAAAUACAUCAAAAGCCCGACUUCUACACUCACAUCCAGAAGCUCUGCGAUGUCAGACGACUCAACGUUGAGGAGAGGCUCGUCCAAAGGAGUGUUCGUCUUCCUGAACCUGGACAAAGCUCCGGUUGCCGGAGAGCCGAUCGGCUUCACCGUGAAAGUCAUAAACAAACAGAAAGUUGCCAAGACUAUGAAGUUGCAUCUCAACGCUCAGGCCAAAGAAUACAACCACAGCCCCUCGGACACCUUCUGGGAAAUGCAGGGCAUCAUGACGCUGGCACCCAUGGAAGUCAAGACGCUGACGCAGCAGAUCCUCCCGGCCCAGUACGAGGACGUAGUGGGGGACAACCUCAUCAACCUGGCAGUGGUCCUGGAGGACAAGGACAGUCACGAGCGGGUUCUGGCCUCAGAGGAGUUCAACAUCGCCAGCCCACAACUCAACAUACAGAUCACAGAUGAAGACUCCGUUGUGCCGAACAAGGAGCAGACUGCUGUGGUGACCUUCACUAACCCGUUUUCUCACAUGGUGAGCGGAGUACUCACCGUCGCGGGGGCUGGACUCAUCCAGGGCAAGAUUCAUUUCAGAAUGCUGCCGCUGCGUCCAAGAGGGAAAGUGGAGCAAUGCAUCACUUUCACCCCCGGCAUGGUGGGAACAAAGAUGCUGCAGGCGAGCCUGUCUCUGACCAACGUCAACUCCACCAUCAGAGGCUUCAAGAUGGUCUUUGUCAACAGAGCUUAGGUCCGUUUUUUUGUUUGGGCACAAUGUUCACUCAUGUGACGUCACAGUUUUGUGCCUCAGAAACAUCUUAUCUAGUUUGUAACAAACAAAUCUCCCAGCUGAAGCCGACAUGUCAAGAUUCAGAUUCCUGGUGCUUCAUCUUGCUGCCAUCCUUAUUUCCUGUUGCUGUGUAUAUAAUGCAAAUGUUAUUUAUAUUUAUUUAUUAAUGUUUGAGCCAUGACAAUCG